CGGGAUUUUCCUGCAUCUUGUUUCUGGUUUCUGGUUUGUGCCUGAACUCGUUGGUCUGUUUUCUCUGUUAGCCUGUUGAUCUGUUGGUGUUGGUCUGUUGGUCUGUCUGCCUGUCGCCCUUCUCCCUCUCCACCCACAAUCCUCAUCUGACUCGGCCGCCGACACAAGACCAUCAAACAUGACGAUCCACCCCAUCAACACGCAACCAACAGCCCGUACAGACCUAUCGGCAAUCUCCUCAAACCUUGCGACUUUACCAUGAUUCCACCCUAGGCCAUUUGCUAGCGACGUUGUAUCAUCUCAAUCGCGCACCCUCCUGCCGAUGCGCGGGUCACGGGUGUUAAAAUUCUUCCCUCUACUUUCUGUUCACUCGACACACCAUCUCUUUCCGCGCCAGAGACAACCUUUCCCAGCGUCACCAUCGUUAACCUCACAUCGUUACCGCCUUGUUCGCUUCCUCCCUGGCCCUCCACCACUUGAUUUACUGCGUCACCAUACUCUCUACUCAUCCUCCCCUCUUUCCUCAUUAACGUCCAAUCGGCCUCGCAGACAUUGGUUGUUUUCUUGACGAGGCCUCUUGACGACUGUUCGGACGCCCAGCGAUUGUCCUCCCAGUCCACUGUGGGUUCUGGUGCUUGGUUCAUUCUCCCACUCUCUCUCUGGCUGUAUUGCUCUGUGAGCGUUGGGUAAAGACAAAGGUGUGACGUAUAGUAGAUGGUUGAUGGGCUCCCAAACAGACUCCCACGUACCAUCAUGAAAUCAACAUCAGACAACGCCAGUUUGUCACCACCCAUGCGAGCGUCCCCUACCGGCUUCAUCAAGCCUGUUAACCACCUCCCCAUCUCUCGCCCAACCAGUUCGACAUGGGAAAAGCCUGAGCGUGCUCGUACCAGCCAUGCCUGUGAGCCAUGUCGCGAACGCAAAACAAAAUGCGACGGCGACCGUCCUUCAUGUAGGAGAUGUAUACACACUGGGACUUCAUGCCACUAUGGUUACGGCAAGGGUUGGCGGAAGCGCAAGACUGCCGAAGAUCUCACUGCUACUUCUCGGCGCCUCGCUAGAUAUGAGACUUUGCUGAGCCAGAUCAUUCCACUGGUAUCGAAUGAGGUCAGGGUUUUGAUUGAGGAUGCACGAGACCUGCAGGAUACCGCUACGUCCAAUUGCUCCGAGACCACGGAACCGGAACCGAAUUAUCAUCCUCCCUCGCUUCCUGGCAUCAAAUCCGAGUCAAACUCCAGCUCGGGGAGCCGGCCAUUGUUGCCGUUUCCUAUUCCCAGUACUUUGGCUCCCACCAUCUCACGCUCUUCCAACUCAUCUGGCACAUAUGACUCGGUCACAUCUUCAAGUGUGCCUCCCUUGACACCCACCCCAGCACCUCAAGGCACUAUCUCGCCGGACACAUCCUCUCUGACACGACUUCCCUCCAUUACACCGGAUGGAGUGCUCAUCGAAGAAGGAUCUCCCCCUCGGUCACAACUGCCCAAUGAUCCAAAGAUACAUGAUCCAAAGUUAGCCACUGGACUAGACCGUCUGGUUGCUCUUCCAACCUCGCCAAACAAUACAAGGUCAUCUGGAGAUGCGCUACGAAAUCCGUUCUCUGUAGGAUGACAGCUAUCCCCGAGCAUCUACAUCUGACCCAGUCGAGGCGGAUCUAGUGUCCGCACUUUUACCAAGACAAUCCAUCGUCAUUAUGAUUACAGGAUCCGCAACCUGCCUGCCGCGCACUACAUCCACUACGUUAUCAUAAUAAGCGAAGCCCCCCAUCUCUCCCGGAAGAUGGGAUCUCGGCAAUUCGAAGCUUGCACACAACAUCCGAGGUUGAACUUCUGCAUGGACGAUCUGCAGGUCCAAUGGGCCCCUUUCGGAGAACUGCGAAUUGCCCGGAUUUUUACCCCCACAAGCCAUGCAUUUGUUCAGGGAUGUCAGGAUGGCUUUGAUGUCCGUGCAACCAUGGAAUUGUGCAACAUGGCCAUGCUUUGGCUGAUCCACCGAAGUCGCCUCCAAAUCAAUACGAUCGUCGAGAAUGAUUUGCCACGAAUUCGCAACGAAGUGACAAGUGGGUGUCAAUUGUGAAGUUGGAUGCAGGUGUGGCAGGGUACCAGAGCAGUCCUUGCGCUUUUCGGAUCAAAACGGCCGCUCCUUCCCCGCCAAUUCUCCGUAGUGGAAUCUGAUUGGCUAUCUCGGCACAACUCUCCCUUCCCAUCUCGUUUUGCCACGGAGAUCCCAUCCCAGCCAUUCACGUCACAAGGCCAGGCAGGGCGUCGCCUGUUCCCUCAGCUCAAGGUAACGUGACUUUCCCGAUGCCCACAGCUUCCUAGGAUACUCAUGGGUUUGAUGCUUGAGAACAGUCUCACAGUGUGUGUCACUUGUGCAUGCCGAUCCCCCACCACUAUGUCGUGCACCUAGACACACUGACACAGUUGUCUAGCCACCCAGCCGAGAGGUGGUGACAGCACCUUUUGGGAAGCUGAACAACCCCUCACUACUGUCGCAGAUUGUCAGCAGCCUAGGCAUUGUAUCUUUCGAGAUGGAUGAUCCAACUCAAAGCUCAACGUCAGAUUAGGACACUUAUAUAUAUCACUCAAAGAAUCGAAUGAUAUUGAUUACACCUGC